AUGCUCAAACCACUAAUCAGUGGCGGUCGAUCUUCGGCGGCUCUCUGCGACGUUAUGGGUUUCACCCUUUCGCCCAACCCUGUCAAUUGGCUGGUCCCUGCAGGGUACCUGAGAUAUCGACACCUGCACUCUCUGCCCUGCCAAGCUGAUAUCAAAGCUUUCGGUAAGAGCAAUUUCGUGCUAGGAUCACAAAGCUUGGUCCUUGUCAGGGGUAUAGCCACAUGGAAGGUUAUGGAGGCUUGGGAUGGUCUCAACCAGAUGUCAACUAUGGAACUUUCAAUCAAUUACUCCGUAUGGGCUGUCAAACGUCAAACUAAUUUAGACAGAGUCAUGGUCAGCAUUGCAGUGUCUAUUGUUAAGCUUUUGAAAGUCACCACGCGUCAGUCACGAAAACUGGUGGUUGAGCCUUUAACUGCUGGUAUGAUGGUCAUAAUUCAGGACUUUUGA